AUUGAAAAUGACUAAAAAAUACAUGUAAAGUCUCCCUCUCUAUUACAUUACAGUGUCACCGGCAAGAGCGGGGCACAGCACAAACGCAGACGAGGAGAGAGAGAGAUUGGGAGGGGGUGCCGGGCAUUGCGAUGGAGAAGCCGCAGAAGAAACAGGUGCUUCUGUUCCAUUGCGUUGAGGCUGAAGAUCUAGCCCGCAAGGUAGCUCAACAUUCCGACCUCAUUCAACUCCAAUCCAUCAACUGGAGGAGUUUUGACGAUGGAUUUCCAAACCUUUACAUUAACAAUGCACAAGAUAUCCGAGGCCAGCAUGUUGCCUUUCUAGCAUCCUUUAGCUCCCCAGCAGUCAUAUUUGAACAGCUUUCUGUCAUUUUCGCCCUUCCAAGAUUAUUUGUUGCUUCUUUCACAUUAGUGUUGCCAUUUUUUCCAACUGGAUCUUUUGAGAGAAUGGAGGAGGAAGGGGACGUAGCUACUGCAUUUACCAUGGCAAGGAUAUUGUCGAAUAUUCCCAUAUCAAGAGGUGGUCCAACUAGUUUAGUCAUCUAUGACAUUCAUGCUUUGCAGGAAAGAUUUUAUUUUGGGGACCAUGUUUUGCCCUGUUUUGAGACCGGCAUACCUCUGUUAAAGCAACGCCUUCACCAGCUUCCUGAUGCUGAGAAUAUUGUUGUUGCAUUUCCAGAUGAUGGAGCUUGGAAGCGAUUCCACAAGCAAUUGGAUCAUUUUCCCAUGGUGGUGUGUGCUAAAGUUCGUGAAGGAGAUAAGAGGAUAGUUCGAAUCAAGGAAGGUAAUCCUUCUGGUUGUCAUGUAGUCAUUGUUGAUGAUUUGGUACAAUCUGGGGGCACCCUCAUUGAGUGUCAGAAAGUUUUGGCAGCUCAUGGUGCAGCUAAGGUGAGUGCUUAUGUCACCCACGGCGUGUUUCCAAAGUGCUCAUGGGAGCGAUUUACUCACAAUAUUGAUGGCGCCAGGACGACAUUUGCCUAUUUUUGGAUCACUGAUUCCUGCCCCCUUACUGUAAAAGCAAUAGCAAAUAAAGCUCCUUUUGAAGUUUUGAGUCUCGCUGGAUCCAUCGCCGAUGCUCUUCAAAUCUGAAAGGCCUACUUGAAAUGCUUUUUGGAGUGAAUUGUAACAUUUCCGCGGACAAAUUCUAUUACCUAUUGUUCGGAAGCGUUAAAAGUUGUAUUGAGUUUUAUUCACAUCCUCACAUAUUCAAAUUCAAGACAUGAAAUUCAUACCUUAAAAUGUAAUUUUAUUUAUUAAAGAGCAUUUAUAAUUAUAAUUUUUUAUGGAUUCA